UCAAAAACACUAAUCAGCGUGUUCAGAGGACCGAACUCGUUUCUCCGACUCACCACUGGUAACACAAGCCAAAGUCCGGUGGCAACAAUGGUGGAGAGAUUCUUCUCCAUCAACUUCCCCGAUUCACCCGACAAUGAAAUGAUGCUGCUCACUGGCCCUCCCUCUUCAGGGAAGACGUCGCUGCUUUUUCAAUUUGCAUUCAAUUCCAUCGUUAACACCGAUGAUAAAUCAGCCGUUUUCAUGUGUAGUAGACGCAAAUUAAGUACAAAGCCCCCUUUUCUCUCUCAGGGAAUUGAUCCAUCUUCUGAUGUAUUUGAUCGCAUCCAAAUGAAGUAUGUAGAGGAUGAAGAAGGGAUCAACAAAUUCUUUGCUGCAUUUCACAUGCAUGAUACGUUUCCUGUUUUGGUUAUAAUUGAUGAUUUUGGAGAAUUUUUUGAUGAAAAAAAUUGUCAACAAAGAUACAAUGGUCCUCGUGGAAAAGAAUUAGCAAUAGCCCGAACUUUAGCUUUGUGUUGCAACGCAAUCAAUCAUGCCAAUGAAAAAGGACCGUGUAUGCUUUUGGUAGCCGAUACUCACCAUGGUGAGACCCCAAGAUUGCUCCACAUUUACAAGGGAUGGCUCAACUCUAUUUUCACCAUCAAAGGUGAUGGAAUUGGAUCAUUUAUUCUGAAGAACAAUAGCAGCUUAACAAAGAGUGCUAAGUAUUCCAUUGCACUUCAGUAUUUAGUUUUGGAAGAAAUCUAUGAAACUGAAGAACAAAAAAAAUACCAUCUCUAGAUUUGAAUCUUUUAUAGAUAAAGUUUUAGUUAAUUGGUUCAUGGAUUUGUAUAUGUGUUUGUUUAGGACUAGAUCUAUUUUUGUUGGUAAGUAAGGGUAGUAUGGUCAAUUUCUCCCCCAUCCAAAUUUUUUGACUUGAUGUUAAUUUUGUAAAUAUAUAGAAAACACAAAGACCUUUCGGUCAUUUUGACCCCA